AUCCGUUCACACGGUUACUUCACACAAAAUACCAUUUUAUGCAUUUACACUUUUUUUAGUGUCCACUAACAGUACUACAUUUAAGAUUUUAGAGUUGUAAAAACAACGUAAGUUGGAAGUUUAAGUUAUUUAGACAACUUAUUGCAUGUUUUAUUUGUAUGACGCAUUAUGUACCCAUUUUGCUGUGUUUCAGUCUUUCCGUAGUUCAUUAUGGUACCCUAAAUCACUAGGAGAGGUAAGUUAACUCAAGGGCAAGGCUCAAAUUAUCUUUGCAGAAAUUGUUGUCGUUGUUGUAUUAGACGGUGAUUGAAGCUGUCCGGAAUGAACAUCCCCGAAGCCUGUGCAUCAGACGAAACUGAUACUCAGAAACAACAUGCGACUAUUGACAGCGCAAAAGGGAACACAGAGUCUUCCUGCAGACAGUAUGUCAAUGAGUUGUUGGAUCUCAGUGAAGAGGAUUAUUGCAGGGAGCACAACAUGCAUUUGUUUCAGAACCGCAAUGGCUGGGAAGACGCGGUUGAAGGUUGGGGGAGAUUGCCCCCCUUUGCUGUAUUACUUCAACUGCAUAGGAAGGGGAAAAACAAGCAAGACAUCAUAGACUCUCACUGUCUCCUGUGUGCAGACCUUAAACUUUCUGAUCUGCCCAUUUAUUACCCUGCUGGAAAUGCUCUGAAAACUUUUAGAAAGACUGCCCCAACACUUCAGGACCUUGCAAAGGAAACUCAAAAUACCGUUCGUCCCCCUACCUCCUCAGAUGAACUAUACUCUUUCAGCCUAUCUCUGCAAAAUAUGUCAGGGCCAUUAAUCAACAAAUUGCAUUCUGGAGAUGAACAGUGUAAACAAAACAAAUUACCAUCAGUCUGCCAUUACCAUACCGAACCAUGUCAAAUGCUGAAGGAAAAGAGAGUUGCUUUUAGCAUCAGAAGCGUUAAUGUGUUGCCACCUGUCCGAGAGUCCAGAAACCUAAGGAGCAACAGUGUUUUUAAAAGAGCACAGUCAACAGACUGGCACCAAGCAGAAGUCACCAAGGCCAUGAUGACCGGGGCCACUGAUGCAGUCACCGCUGCUGCCACAGGAAAUGCCGUUGAGGUCCUCACAAACUUUAUCCCAGGAGAGAACAGCUACAGGUUUAAGGGAUCUCCCAACACAAAACAUUGGCUAUCCCAGGACAGCACUCAAAUGCUACCAACUUUUAACAUCACUUUUCAAAAUAAGUAUGAAUUACCUUCCAGCACUGUGGGCCGAAACCUCAGGCAGGAAGAAUUGACAAGGCCUUCCACCAGAAACAACACCAGUUAUAGAUUGUAUUCUGGCCACAAAACAAGAGAUCUGAUAAGACCUGAAGAUCAUCGACUAAUGCUGAUUGGAACUACAGUUCGCAUGGCUGUGUGAAUAUUACUAAUGGAGUACAGGUAAAUAGGUGUUGUGAUUGCUUUUUUAUAAACAGCAUAAGACUGUACUAUAUGUGUGCUAAAUGAAGAUGAUUAUGCAACAAAGAGAUUUCCAAGUA